CCUUUAUAUUCAUAGUAUUCAACCGUUUUAAGUCUUCUGGGCUUUCUGGCAGUGGCAGAAGGGUUCCUAGGGUUUACGAAAUUCAUAUUCACCUUGAAGAUGGUUCUCCAAAACGACAUCGAUUUGCUCAACCCUCCGGCCGAGCUCGAGAAGAGAAAGCACAAGCUCAAGCGCCUUCUGCAGUCCCCUAACUCAUUUUUCAUGGAUGUGAAAUGCCAGGGCUGCUUCAACAUAACUACCGUGUUUAGUCACUCGCAAACGGUGGUGGUGUGUGGGAACUGCCAGACAGUUUUGUGUCAGCCAACUGGUGGGCGCGCAAGGCUUACAGAGGGUUGCUCUUUUAGGAGAAAGGGUGAUUGAAGAUGAGGAAUGAUAUGUUGCUUUUCCUUGGUAAACUCAAGUUGUUUUAUUUUUAAAUGAUGGUGAUUUUGACAAAGGAACGGAAGCUCUUUUAGCCUUUAACUUUUUUUUUUUAAUUUUUUUGUGUAAUUUUCUUAGCAAAUUAUCUCUACUUUAGUGUUGCUAUCUGAUUUUGUAUUGGGCAUUGCUGCACUCAAAAUUGGGUUUCACGUGACAAUCUCAGAUUAUAUUAUGUCUCUCACAGUGUUAUAAUCUUUUCCUAUAUUACCUAAUUAUAAUUUUGCCUGAUUUGUUGUGUCUCUA